CUCUCCUCUUCCGCCGGCGCCGAUCUUCUGGUCGAUUCUGAUACAGAGCGCUUGAUCUGCCCUCGUGGUCGUCAUUGUGCUUCGCGUGGUCUCGGCUGGGACUCCAAAUCUCUUCCAACGAGGGCCACUCUCGGGGUUCUCUGCUCCAGUCUGUUGAUGGUCGUCUUUGAUGAAGCCGAGCAGACAGUAGCCUUCAUUUCGCCCGCAUUCUCACAGCUUCUUGGCCUCAAAUGGCCCCCCUGCUCUCUCGAUUAUGCAUUUUCAGCAAUUUGA